AUGCCACCUAAAAAGGCUCAAGAUCCAAAUGCUAAAAAGAUACGCUUCACCUCGUUUCACACUGUCGCGCCAAUCAACCAAAAGAACUUCUACACAGACUACCUGAAAAGUGAUAGCCAAUUCUAUGCGCAUCGUCUCUUCAUUGAGCAUACGAAGAAAGUUGCUCAGGCCAAAAAAGAUAAAUUAGCGGAUAAGGCUGCUGAAAAGUCAGAAGGUGCAGCUGCCAAGGAUGAUGAGGACAAUGAAGAUGGCGACGAGGAUGAGUCGCCCGAGGAGCGAGCCACGCUCGGUGCUAAGAGCAUCGUCAUUCAUCUUGGUUCUCGUGAUUUGCGAGUGGGUCUUGCCUCUCAUGCAUAUCCAAAGACUGUUCCUUGCGUCAUUGCAAGACGCGUACCUGCUCCAGCAUCAGCCGAGCCUAUCAUUGCUUCUGAUGCUCAACUUGGGCCCGGUCUCUUCGGUGCUGACUUUGAGACUGACUUGAAGAAACUUUCUACAGAAGUGAAACACAGAAUGCGCAACACAAAGCGUAGAAUGAUUCCGAAUGGACCAGAUCUCUCCUCUUCAUUCAACAGCCGCAGUCAGCCAGAAGAAGUUGUUGAGCACAAUGAUCCGUCCAAAAUUGAGUGGACAGACGUAAGCGAUGCGCCAGCGUACAUCACUGGCGAAAAAGCGCUCAAAAUUAGACCGAAUGUUGAACCCUACUAUCAGCUCUUUCGUCCAGUCCAACACGGCACUCUCAAUGAGGCACCUUACAAGACCAAACAAGAGAUGCUUGGAGAUCUUGUGCUUGUCAUUACACGCGCCAUUGAGGAUGAGCUUAAGGUACCACAGCGGAGUUUUAAGGAUUACGCUUUCUGUCUCGUCAUUCCCGACCUGUAUGACCGCGCAUUCGUUGAGAAUCUCAUGCACGUUGCUUUUGCCGAGCUCAGCUUUGCUCAAGUACUUUUGCUUCAAGAAAGCGUAUGCGCUACUUAUGGCGCUGGCAUCUCCUCAGCUUGCGUGGUGGACGUUGGCGCACAAAAGACUUCUGUAUCUUGCGUCGAAGAAGGAAUUUGCUUGGGCGACUCGAGAGUGCUGCUCAACUACGGAGGAGACGACAUCACCAUGCUCUUCACCAAGACUCUACUACGUGCCUCUUUCCCGUACCGCGACUUUGAUUUGUCGCGUGCUUAUGACUGGGCGCUCGCUGAAGAACUCAAGGCCAAGUUUUGUUCCUUGAAUGAAGCAGAUGUCGCUGUUCAGCUCUAUCACUUUUAUCAACGUCAACCUGACAGGCCCACUCGCAAGUACAACUUCAAAGUCUACGACGAGCAAGUGAUGGUUGCACUCGCCUACUUCUAUCCCAAAAUAUUCGGCAAUGGCGAGAGGCUUCGUGGCCGUCGCUCGCUGUUCAGCAAGUCCAGAGAUAUCUACGAAGACCACGUCAACGAGCCCGACUCGGUUGUCCAGACGCGGUUCCUCAAGCUUGACAGUCAGGCAGCUCGUGAUGCGGAAGAAGACCGAAUCCUCAUGGUGCCUCUUGACCAGGCCAUCAUUGCUUCGAUUGAGUGCGCUUGCGAGAAUCUACCCAUUGGCACGGAAGAACGCAAGAAGGCCUUGUUCUCCACCAUCCUCAUCACUGGCGCCGGCUUCAACCUCCCGCAUGCUUCCGCGUACCUCGAAGAUCGACUUCGCUCAUUACGUCCGAGCAUCGAGAAGAUUGAAGUUGUACCGGCGCCAAAGGAGCUCGACCCGCAAGUGCUCUCCUGGAAGGGCAUGUCCAUCUUUUCACGCAUCAAGAUUGCAUCUGAAUUCAUGAUUUCUGCACAAGAGUACGAGCUGCUUGGCUGCCGAUCAAUUCAGAGCAAGUGCCUGGGUUACUUCUGGCAAGGCUGA